UUUUAUCAGUAUGUGUUCACCGGGAUUUAACACUUAAUCUAUAAUUCCUAUAAUAACCUCUACUACAUUAACAUCAUCCAGCAUUAUCUACUAUAGCAGCUUUUGGCAACUUUUUAAAAGGCUGCAUCCAUCUAUCGCCUAGCCAAAGCAAUGUUUAAACAGAAAUUUGGUUUCAUGUUUGCUUUACCCUCAUACAGCUGGUAAUCAGCAUGAAGUUAUGUAUAGCUCCUAUUACAGCAGAAAACAUACUAUUGUUUACUCGAAUAAUAAGCUACAGCAGGCGUCAGAGACAAAAUCACCCUGUCAUCUAAUUUCUUUAAUAUGUGCACGAGUCAGUUACAUGUGCAUGCUUUCCUCAGCAGGACUGAGACCAUUAAUGAGAGAGACAUUGUCAGGGGCUGCUAGAAAAGAGCAGGCCAGUUGAACCAUCUCCUGAGGAGACAGGUCUCGCCCAGAGACUGAUAAAUGUUAAUCACCUGACAUUAGCAGUAAGAAGCAGGUCACAGCAAUCAACCUAGUGAAUAUGCCAAGAUGACGGCCAAGAUAUGGCGUUGCGUGCAAAUGGAGAUAGGCUAAGAAAAUGUCUGAGUGUAAAUGGGGUCAAUAUUAACUUCAUUUCUCAACAAAAGUACUUCAUAAACGCUCUGUUAGUGUGAGUCCCGUUUGCUUCAAUGAGCAUGGGCUUUUAUUUACUGCAGGCAUCUCACCGCAGCAAAUUACAAAAGCUUUUUUCUGUGAGCAUGGUUGGAAAACUCCCGACACCCUACUUAGAAUUUGGUUAAGCAAUUAAUGUGUUUGCUAAUAGGAUGGUGUAGCAUGGGUCUAAAUGCCUCUUUCUUCCCAAAUCAACACACUUCUCCCCUCUGUCCCCUUUAACUGACAGUAAUUGCUGACAUUAGCGGUAGGAGAGUCAUCAGCUACUGAUUCUGUCAAUAUCUGUAUUCAGCAUGGUGUGCGUUAGUACAAGGUUAAAGCCGUGUUUAACAGAACCAUGCUGCGGGUAUAUCUAACACCCAAACUGUAACACCAUUUUACAUCGGUCAUAUAAAGAAAAGAUUGUGACAGUGAGAGUUAUUUUUAUUUUAUGUGUGUUUUGGAGGAAAAUAUGCUAAUAAAGAGAAUAGAUUUCAAUCUUUUUCAAGAGAAUAACGUUUUUCAUGGGCAUGCAAUAAAGAGUUCUUAUACCCAGGAGCAAAGAUACCUUACAAUCAUUUUCAUGCUCCAUUACAGUAUCUUACAUUACAGCUCUAAAGAUGAACUCUUAUUGGUUACAGAAUAUUCUUUACAUUAUGUAUGAUGAUUUUAGUUAUAAAACAGUGAAUCACAAAAAAUGAUUUUAGCUGAGGUUUAACCGACUGGGUCACAUUUAAUAUAUUUUUCCUUUACAGUUUUUGGCUUCUAUUUUCAUUAAACAAACUUUUGUGAUAUCCCAAAUGUCCCCUUUUUUAAGAUUAGGCUUAAAGAAGCAUGACUGUAUGGUGGAUAUUGAGUGGGUCGUGUCAUUGCAAAGAUAAGUGGAAGAUCAAUUGUGUUUUUCAACGACUGAUUCUUACAGUUACAUUACAUUUGUUCACCACACUUUUUAAUAUUUUAUAUUAGUAUUUCAAAGUAAUCAUUUUUAAUGGAUUUAGUGCUAGGGAACCCCUUUAAAAGUUUAAUUUAAUAAUAAAUAUUUUGCUUUGUUUUAAACAGGUUGUUGACGCCCUUCAUCUUUAUCAGUGCUGCUGACCAAUGGCAAACCUGUGUUGAGUCAACGUGAUGAACCUGACACGCGCCCAACUGAGAUGAAAGCCGCCCGUAUCAUCUCGUAGAUGAUUUGUCGAUGGGAGUUGCGAUCAUCGGAUCCCACUGAGGUCUUACGUUGUCUUCUUCAUCCUCGAGCAACUUCAGAGAAGUGAAGAUGAUGAUGCUUCUCAGCCCAGCUGGGCUUGUGUUAUUUAUGCUUUGCAGAGUUGUCGACAGCAGGAUGCUGCUGGACGGAUUGCAGAGAUUUGGCACCAGUCCUACGUACCUUCCGGUCCGAUACCAGGUACUGAACGCAGAGUCAGCCUUCUUCCUAAAGGAGGCCAACCAGGACAUUAUGAGAAACUCCAGCCUGCAGGCUCGUACAGAACUUUUCUUCAUCCAGCAGGCCAGAAAGACUCCUUCUGUAAAUGCCAGUUACGGACCUUUGUUUGUGGAACAGCCGGUGCCCGUUGAGCUUCUGGGGCCGGGACUUUUCAACAACCCUGCAUCUACAUCCUCGUCAUCUUCAUCCUCCCCCCUUUUUAGUUUUAACUGGAAAGUCCAGACUUUCAUUAUCAGCGAGCGAAUACACCCCAGCUGGCCGAAGGUGCAGGUCCUCUUCUACGUAGUGGGCCGAGACUGGGAUGACUACAGUGCCGUGGACAGAUUGCCCUGCGUCAGGAUGUUUGCUUUCCACGAGACCCAAGAAGUAAGAGGAACUUGCCGUUUGAAAGGGGAACUCGGACUGUGUGUGGCAGAGCUGGAGCCGUUGGCGAGCUGGUUCAGUCCGCCUAGCAUCAUACCGGGUCGACAGAAAACACCUGAACAGGUGGAAGGCACCCCGGUGGAGUUGUAUUAUAUGUUACAGUCCACAGAUACCGGCGAAUGUAGCUCAGAGGACUCCCGCAAGACCAAUUCUAUCCGCCCUGGGCAGAUGGGCCCGGCUGGUUACUUCUCAGGACCUACACCCAUGCGCAGGAUCGGCAGCGUACGGCUGUUUCAGCCGCUCUCUGAGUUUCGUCUGGACAAUAACUUUGUGGUGAUGGUGCCCUCCAGACCCAUCAGGCAGAGAGAGACAGUGUCGGCUUUUCUUGCGGUCUCCACUCUUUCUUCUGUCGAGAUCUUCACUUUGAAGGUCAGUCUGAAGGACGGUGUGGCAUUUUUGGGGGCGAGAGCUAGCAACCCCGUUCAGUGGACAAUCAGUCAGGACGUACGGAGCGAGGGACACAGAGUGGUCACCCUGCACUGCCGCAGAAAGGAGGCCAACUUUGGAAAAAGGGUGGAGGCAGGCUUCCAGAAGGUUCUCCAGGUGGAUUUGGAAGUAAACGGGUUGCUGGAUCCUCUGGGCAGUCGCUCUGUGACUUGGCAGAUCGAGUACCCCAUCUCUCGAACCCUCUCAGAAGAAAUUCAAACCCUCAUCCGGCUGGCACCACAUGACCUCGGGGGCAUCGUGCCAGUGGCUAUGGAAACAGAAAUCCUUAACACUGCAGUGCUCACGGGAAAGACCGUUGCCAUGCCAGUGAAGGUGGUCACCGUUGGAACCGAGGGUACGGUGACCGACGUGACAGAAUCGGUGGAGUGUCGCUCGACAGAUGAAGAUGUGGUUAAGGUGUCUGAAAGGUGCGAUUACGUGUAUGUCAACGGUAAGGAGACGCGUGGAAGAGUGAGGAUGAUGGUGAACUUCACCUACAGUUACCUGAGCUCUCAGCUGGAGAUCAGUGUCUGGACGCCCCGGCUACCUCUGCAGAUCGAGAUGUCCGAUCCGGAGCUCAGUCAGAUCAGGGGCUGGAGGGUUCCUGCAGAUACUGCCAGCCAGAGAUCCGGGCCAGGAGAAGAUGAUGUGGAUGAAACGGUGAGGAAGGAUCGGGGCUGUGGUCCACAGUACCAGAGCACCACCGUCCGUGUCCUCACACACUUUGAGGCAGAACCGGAGGAGUGGCAGGGCCAGCCAGACUUCCUCCUGGGCAGCGAUUGGCAGGUGGAUGUUACAGAGUUGGUGAGGGAUUCGUUAAAGGUGGAAGAUGAACGUGUGGCCAGGCUCUCGGAAGAACAGGUCCUCAUCGGUCUGAACACAGGCACCACUAAAAUCCAGGUGAAGUCUCCGUUGUCCGACUCGGUUCUGGCUGAGAGGAUUAUCCGGGUUGUGGAUGAUAAAGUCAGUAUUACAGAGUUGGGAGUGCAGCUGGUCUCCGGUCUUUCAUUGAACCUCCAGCUCAGCCCGGGAAGCAACCGGGCCAUCGUCGCCACAGCUACCACACAGGAGACCAUGCACAACCCCAAUCAGGAGUCUCUUGUCAGCGCAUGGCUUCAGUUCAGUGACGGCUCCAUGACCCCACUUGACCUUUACAACCCUGCUCAUUUCGUCCUAACGGCGACCUCGCUGGACGACCAGGUGCUGUCUGUGAAAAAAGACAACAGGUGGAGGCCGGUGGUGGUGGCUAAGGGUGAAGGGCAGGGCCUGCUGGUCCGGGUGGAGAUGUACGGACCGGAAUCGUGCCUGAAAACUAAACGCCGCACAGUUCUGGCUGCGGGCAACGCGAACGUCCACGUGAAGUUCAGCCGUGGUGAGGAAACAGGAAACAGUGCGAGUGACAGGAGAUACAGACCCAAUGCCCCAUAUUAUGGAGGAUCUAUCUCCGAUAUGGAUGCUGGAAUAAUGAGCAGAGGAGCGACCACCAUCAAGACCGGCAUUUCCGGGAAAGCCAGCGGUGAUAGGCUUUCAACCGGCGACAUUCCAGUAGAUUUCGCCGAGUUCCCAGCCCAAGCAGACCUUCCCACUGGACGCAACAUGGAGGAGGACCUUCUGCAGACCCGUCGUGGCCUCACCGACCUAGAGAUAGGCAUGUACGCCCUACUAGGGGUCUUCUGCCUGGCCAUCCUUGUAUUUUUAAUCAAUUGUGUUUCAUAUGCCUAUAAGUACCGUAACAAACAGCUCCCAUUGGAGGGCCAGGAGACCAUGGCUCACGCCCAUGACUGGGUUUGGUUGGGCCAUGAUGCUGAGCUGUUGGAAAGCCAAGCAGGGUUGUGUUUAGACCAGGAGGAACUAGGUGGCACCAUGGACUCCGGGUUGGGUCUGGAAGAAGGCAGCCAGCUUCUCAACGGUCUGUCAGCUCAGAAGAGUGUGCAAGGACAGGUCCACAGGUCCAUAUCUGACUCUGGAUGUGCUGGACGGGAUCACAAGAGCGAAUCGUUGAACUCGCCCACCACCAAAAGAAAACGGGUGAAGUUUACCACUUUUAGCCACAGCAAACCCAGCAAUGGAUGCCCAUCUAUAAGCCCGCUUCUGAUUGGUCAGAAUGACAUCAAAUGGGUUUGCCCAGAUAUUGAGCUCGGGGACUCCAAAGAGCUCCGAAAUUAUAUGGAAAGGUUAAAUGAGAACGCUACUAAAAAUAUUGCAUAGUGAGGGUUGUAGUUAUUUAUUUAUGUAUUUUUCGGACAAGUGUAGCUCACCCAUAUGCCUUCUGGGUUAGGUGGCGAUGGUUUGGGGGUGGGGGGUGUGUUGGCCUGACUCUACUGCACUCAGACAGACCCACAUCUCACCAUGAAAAGACAAGCCAUUCAUCUGGUCUUGUUUCCAUGGCAACUGUCAUGAGGGUUCAUCAUCAGGAUAGAAGGAAAACAGAGAUGGCUAUGAAACUACUGAGGAUGUAAAACCAUGAGAACAUUGGAGUGUGAGAUAUUGUUGCUAUAUUUUCGCUUGCCGAGGAUAUUUCAUUUUUAUAUUACAAGUUUUGUUUUCCUUAACACACUGAAUGCUUGCUGGUGGCAUACUUUCUAGUAAGUGGAUAACAAACUACGAAACAACGAAGAGUUGACAGUUAAACAUAUCAGUAGCAGGCUGGAAACUGAAGCAUUUCCAUAAUGAUGAUGAUGAUGAUGAUGGGAGACCACAUUUUGUAAAAUUUUACAUAUUUUUAUACAUCUCCCCUCCUUGUCCACGUUUGUCUCUAGCUACUUUAUUUCUCCAAAGUCUUAACUUACAUAUGUAAAUGCAUGUGAAUUCAAAAUUCAAGGACAAAUAUUUUGGGACUUUUGUCCAGCAACAGCGUGUGAAUGAUCAUGUAUAUACUGUAAAGCAGAGACUUCUGGGAAACGGGCAGACAAAUGACCCUCCACGAGCUGUUGAGCAAAUUGUAUUGUUGUAGGUAGUGUUAUCAAUAUUGUAUAAUACGUUGUUUACAGUAUUAGAAUGAUAGAUGGUAUGCACUCCAAUUGCUUUUGUAUGUGCGCCAAAGCUGUGCAUUGCCUCUUUGUCAAACUUUUUCGUUUUUUUUUCUUUGUCUUUCGGUUUUGCUUUGCUGUUUUUUAAUGUACAGAGCACAUGUAGCAAACACUUGCAACCAAGGCUUUGAAUCGGUUCAUGGAACGAAAACAAAAACCAGAAACUUUGAUGUUUUGCAAGGAACAGAAACGAAAUCAGAAACUUAUGUUCCGGAACAGAAUCGUUUAUUUAAAAUAAUGGUAACCGGUUAAUUCCGUUAUUUUUUUUGUUCUUUGACAAGAUUUCUGUGCAAUAUGACUCGAAGUUCACUUCCGGUCGUCGUUGACUCAUCUGAGAAAUGAGAAGCUUGCCACCAGCAAGUAGCCUACUUAACCCAAGUCUCUAAUGCUCAAUCAUAAGAGGUAAAUAUUGUAGGCUACCAAGUAUCUCAAGAUGUUGUUGUUUUAAUACUAAUUAGUGGUGUAAUGGAUCGCAGUUGAUCCGUGAUCCGUACAGUUCACGACCCACAGUUCGGCUCACAUGCGAUUCAUGGAUUAAUAAGCAAAUUUAAAUAGAGUGAAAGUUGCAGAGACGCAUAUGCGGUUGAAUGUUUCCGGUCCAACUCCAAUCAAACGUGAUUAUCCCUAUGCCCUUCAAAGAUCAGAACUCUUGAUGUAAAAACUUGAGAAAGAGUUGCGCUACUGUGUCUCAUACUGUAGUCCAUUAAAAUACAUUUAGCAAAAAAAGCACUGAAAAACAACGUAAUUUUCACUUUAUGUGGAGAGACUAUUUAUGCUGCAUCUUCUUUCCGAUGCGCCUUUUGGAAUUCAUCCUCCGUCUGUGUGUGUGCGCGUGUUUAAGUGCACUCAAAAGUGCAUACACGGAGAGACGCUUUUCAAAAAGCAAGCGAACAAUCUAUCUGUUCUUGACAGGACACAUACAAACAAAAUGAUCUCGAAAUACCACAGUAUUCUUUUUCUAAUAAAAACAUUUGUUUAUGUCUUAAGUGUAUGUAUAUAUGAGGGUCCGUGCUUAUCUUAAAGAGACAGUAACCUCAAUUAACAUAUGUAGACUAAUAAUUUAAGUUUAAUGUCGUAAUGAUCAGCCUACUUAUUUGUAUGUCCCACAGCUGACAUGGAACAUAAUUAACCGGUUCGGGAACUUUAUUUUUUGUUCUAACCAGUUCAGGAACGUCAAUUUUAGGGUUGAACCGAAAAACGGAAACGUUAAAUACUGUUUCUGUUCGGAACAAACCAAUUGGAGAAAAAUCUGGUUCAAAGCCCUGCUUGCAACUCCUUGAACAGGUAAAAUUUCAUCUAUUCAAUUAAACAUCCCCAUGACUAACCUAAAGCUUAGGUUAAAGUUGAUUGGAUUGGGUUAGUUUGGCAUUUAAUCCUCAGGUACACUCUUAAAAAUAAAGGUGCUUCACAAGAACUUUUUUUGGUUCCACAAAGAACCAUUUAGUCAAAGGUUCUUUUUUGAUACAUUUUUAUAAUCUGAAUAACCUUUUUUCACCAUUAAGAACUUCAAGUUGCUUCAGAUGUUAAAGGUGCUUUAAAGAACCAUUUAGACAAAAAAGGUUCUUCUAUGGCAUCGUGAAGCAUUUUCAUUUUUAAGAGUGUAACGUGAAUAAUGCACAAGACAAUUUUACAACUAAACAUAUUGAUUAAACACAUAUGUAUUAGUGUUCCUCAGUGUUUUUAACUGUUAACCCGUAGCCAUUUAGUCUACAGGUGAGUUAAAUUAUUUCAUAGUUUUAUUUUAAAGGGAUAGUUUAUUCUGUCAUUAUUUUCUCAUAGUACGAGAAACAAAUAUUAUGGAAGUAUUGUGAUAAAUAUGAAGAAGAUAUGCUGAUAAAUGAUGGGCACACAGUUGACGGUACCCAUUAAAUUCCAUCAUAUUUGUUUUUCCUACUAUGGAAGUCAAUGGUUACAAUCAGCUGUGUGCUUACCAUCAUUUAUUAAAUUAUCUUCUUUUGUGUUCAUCAGAAAAAAAUAAUUUCAUACAGGUUUAGAACAACAUGAGGAUGAGAAAAUAAUGACAAAAUUUUCAUUUUUGGGUAGAUUGUUAGGCAACUAAUUUCUCAAGAAAUGUGUGUUGGAUGAAAAUCCCUAAAAACUGUAUUAUUAUAUAUGUUAUGGGAUUUUUUGCUGUUUCCGGUUCAACCUGUAUCUUUUUUAUUAAAACAAAACAGAAAAGUA